GCGUGGCACCAGUGAGGUUUCUUUGCACCACUAAGCAGUAGCUAUCAAAAUUGAAUGCAGUAUGCUGAGCAGCUGAGCAAGGGAGCAGACACCGAAAAGAGCCUGCAAAGAAAAGGGAUCUAUGAGGAAAAAACCCUCUUUCAGCUGCACAUAGGCACUGCCCAUCACAGAGAGCUGUGGCAGGGAGUAGGAAUUGCCUGUUUAUGGUGGUUGAUCUGCACAGUCCCUGGGAUGCUUGGAAAAAGGAUUAAAGAGGAGAGAAUCGCAGGAGAAAGAGGAGGUGGAGGUUUCCCUUUGCAAACUCACAGGCUAAUAGAAACCAUCCUCUAAAUUGUCAGUGUGUCAGGAUACAUUAAUAUCCCGGAGACGGCAGGAUCGUUCUGAGAUGAGCCACCUGUAACUGGGGCCAGGGCUCCCUGCCCCACGAGGAUGAGGAGCCAUCUGCUGGCCUAACAGAAAGAUUUGGUGGCGGUGGUUGUUUUAUUUUCCCAAAGGCCGUGAGAUUUCAUGUGACAGCGGAGCCGCUUCCUGCACCCUCCUUGUGCCACCUCGCAGCCAAGGGCUCGGUGGGGCAGGGCCACCACCAUGGCGGCGAAGCAGCCCCCGCCGCUGAUGAAGAAGCACAGCCAGACCGACCUGGUGAGCAGGCUGAAGACACGCAAGAUCCUGGGCGUCGGCGGGGAGGACGAUGACGGCGAGGUCCAUCGCUCAAAGAUUAGCCAAGUACUGGGAAAUGAAAUCAAGUUUGCAGUCCGGGAACCACUGGGACUCAGGGUCUGGCAGCUGGUUUCCGCCGUCAUGUUUUCCGGGGUCGCCAUCAUGGCCCUCGCUUUCCCUGACCAGCUCUUUGAUGCCAUCUUUGAGGAGGAAUCGGUGAGCAGCAAGACUCCCAUCCGGCUCUAUGGAGGAGCCCUCCUCAGCAUCGCGCUCAUCAUGUGGAACGCCCUGUACACCGCCGAGAAGGCCAUCAUCCGCUGGAGCCUGCUGGCCGAGGCCUGCUACUUCGCCGUGCAGUUCCUGGUUACCACUGUCUCCCUGGUUGAGAGUAGCCGGAUAGCCACAGGUGCUGUGCUCCUCCUGGUCAGCCGAGCCCUCUUCAUCCUCGUCAGCGUUUAUUAUUAUUACCAAGUUGGACGUCGUCCCAAGAAAGUCUAAUCCCUGGGCUUUUUGUUAUGGGAAAGGUGGGAGGGGGGAGUUUGUGUCGGUAAUUUUGCAUUAUAAUGAUAAUUUUUUUGUUGUUUGGUUUUGGUUUUUUUUGGUUUGGUUUUUUUUUUUUUUUGUUAGUCCCUUUUGGUUCUAAAGUAGUUUCCUUCUUUACCGGCAUGAAUCAGUGUGUAACCCAGUGCUGGUGGCAUUGCCAGGUGAAAUGGGGACAGCAACAUCAGCAGGACCCCCCAGCCCCUCUGCAGGAGGUGAGGAGCAGCAAGGAGGAAGGCUCAGGGAAGUGUGUGGGCCUGGCAGGCUCAGGGAAAAAAGCCAGUUUUCUAGAGGGAACUGGCUGAUGGGAUCACAGGCUCUGAAACCACUGGAACAAAGCACAAAAUAAGGCCAGCAUAUUGAAACCAAAUCCCUGAGGAGACAGGACAGUAAGACAACCACCAAAUGACUCAGCUACUCUACUUGGUAAGCCUUGUACCUCCCCUGGUUUACAGCCCCUUCCCCUUUUAGCAAGUACUGACUGUCUAGGUAGCCAAGAGCUGAAUUGGUUUAAAUUCAGUGCUUGCAAACAGCUCUUCUUUCCUUGCUGCCAGAGUGCAUUUUUGUGUAGUUCAUAGUUUUGCACAGAUGCUGCAGAACUUGGCAGGAGAUUCAGCAAAAGAGGAGGGAGAACCAUUGCUUGUUCCCUCUGUAGGGACAGCACUGGGAACAGUGGAACAACUUAAAUUACAAGAUAUGAGAAGUGAAGGAAGCUAUUUGAAAUAGCCCAUUGAGCUGUCAAAGACAUCCCCUUGUUUGGGGUGUUUCACGAAGUUUCUAGGCUGGGGUCCUGUCCCCAUCACCCCAGAGCACUUCCUACAGUUGAAGCUUUACUGAUGGUAGUAGCAGUGGUGGGUGUGCAGUAGCUUUAUCUGAUGCUUUAGUUGAGCAGGGGCUGGAGUGCUGUUGUGGUUAGCACUGGUAAGAGCAGAGGACUGUAACAGUAAGAGCAUCUGCACAGAUGCUGAGGUCAGUGAGCAGCCUCUAGACACACGGGCUCUGGGAGAUGGUGUUCCAACUCUGCUAAUAUCUGCAUCACAUCUCUUCUGACCUUGAGAAGAGAGGACCAAAGUUUGUAGCAUUAAGAUAUUUAAUAUUUAACUGGGAUGAAGAACAGCAAGGAGAGGAGCAUAUGAUGGCAGGGACAGACUAAAUGUGCUUUAGUACUCACUAGCCAGUUUCUCCAACACCUCCUGGGCUUACAGUGUUGACUGCUCUGCUUCCUAGUGCUUUCCUUGUGGAUUGUCCCUGUCCACAGCUUGAGGCAGCAUUUUUUAUUCUCAAUGGGACUAAAGCCAGAAGGUCUGUGUACAGGAUAUAGACUUGUUACUCAUGCACUACUGUUGACUGGAUCAAAGCAUGCCCUGGAAUAUAGCUGACAUUCCAAAAUCCCAGUAGAAAGAUUCCUACAUAAACAGAGCUGCUUGUGUGAACAACAGUCUCAAGCCACUGGUAAGACUGGGAUUUACAGCUAUUGCUAUUUAAUAUCUUAGUAGAGUUAGAAGAAGGUAGUGGGUAGUUAUUGUAUGUCGUGUUAGUGCUUUUGGCAUUUAGAAGCAGCUGCAUAAGCUUGGGACACUGUGUGCAUUGUACUUACUGGCCAUGCAAAAUGUCUGUCACGUAAGAAUAUUGGAAAUUGUUGAAUCAGGAAACAUCACAACUGUAACUUAGUUUUUUGCCUAAUAAGUAAAUCAAAUGGAGAGGCAACAUCCAACAGCAGGCUAAAUUCUGGAGCCUCACAACAAUACACGCUUGUCAAGCUGCUUUCAGCAUGUCCAAAAAUGAUACUGAGCAACUAAAACUUUUAAUUAAGAGGAGUGUUCCUGUUCAGAUGGAAGAAUUGGGUUCUAAGAGAGAAACCUUGUGAGGCAAGUAAUAAUCAAAUGCAGGCUGGAGAUGAUCAGAAAUUAGACCAAGUGGUGCAGCAUGCAGGAGCUGGAGUAUGGCAUGCUGUGGCUGUUGCUCUCCCCCUGUGCAUCACCUGCAUGGGCAGCUGCAAUGGCCUCAGUGUGGCACUUUGGCUGUAGUUGUGGGUAUAGGUACAUGAAACUUGAUUCUUUGUGUUUUGGGGCAUCAUGUGAAUGUAUACACAGGUUGAUGGUUGGUUUUUGGGGGGGGGGUAGGGGUGGGAAAUUAUGUUUCUAGGACAGACAAGUAAAACCUACCACAGCAAAAGCAAUCUUACAGAAGAAGGAAAUGGAGGGUCUUCUUCAUGCUGCCUCCCAUCUGUGUUGGCCACAGGUCCUAUGAACUUAGUUAUGACUUGGGUCUGAUUAGCAUACCUUAUAAUGUCAUGCCAUAGGUGAGAGACAUGUUACUGCUCUAUGUGAGAGUAGUACCCCAAAGAUUUGUUGAUGGUUAUAUCAGAUGGGAGGGUGGGGGAAGCAGUUACAGCUCUCCAGGGUAGCUUCAAAGCUAAAUAAGGUGAGAUCAGAUUUCUCUGGUCCCCUCCCUGGCAAGCAGGUGCCUCAGCAAAACUUGAAACAGUCAGCCACUUCUAGGUUUGCCUGUCAGUGGCUUUUUCUGCUCCAACAAUAGAGCAAAGCCUGGGAGAAUGGCCACUUAAAAGAUUUCAUGCUACUUGGUACCUAGUCCUGAAAGCAGAGAGAUGAAGUUAUUUUAUUUUGAUGCUUCUUGCUCCAUCUUGUUAUAAGUGGACCAUGUAGAAAAUGCAGAGCUCUACAUCUCCUCUACAACUAAGCUGUGGUUCCUGACAUGUUCCUUCUCAGCAGCAAGGUGCUGGAAGAGAUACAUUGCCAGGCCCACUAGGGAUGGUGAAUGCGUAGCAGCAGGUGAGGCCUAGGAGGGAGUUUCUCAGGGUGGCUUGAGGGUGGAGCUCAGGCACAGCAGCUGCAGCACUGCCAGAAACCAACUGCACCUGGCUGUCUUCACUCUGUUGUCAAUGGGGAGGAAGGGAGGAGGAUGCCAAACCUUUGUACAGAACUGUGUCCCCAAGGAUGGAAGUGCUGACAUCACAGCUGCAGGUGGCAGUUGAGAACAAAAUUUGGGAUUAAAAGCCUGAGGUGUCACUUCAGGCUUGGCUACUGAUCUGCUGACAUAAAACUCCAUCUCCACAGGCCUCAGCUUCCUUAUCUGUUACAUUGUAAGAGAGGCCUAGGACCAAUGUCAUCUCCCAAGGGAGAUUGCAGUGAACUUCCUGCAUUUGUACAGUGCUGUGCAGGACUGGGGUUCUGUUCCCCAGAGAAUUGUGCUCCAAGCAGGCACAGGCCAGGACUUAAAGCUGACCCCCUUUCUCUGCCAGGGAUGAACUCAAACCAUUGAAUUCACAGAGCCCUCACUUUGGAGGGUGAAGAAAACUCAUCAUUCACAUAAAUCCCUUAAUCAUCUUAUUUGCAUCUAACCAAUAUCUGGCAAACUGGAGCUGGUGACACAGGAGAGGCUCUGUCAGUCCUAAGCUGGCCUCUUUUCUGGUCAAGGGUUUUUACUUGGGAGGGUGUGGGUGGCGGGUGGUGGUGCAGGGGAGAAUGGGACACUUCAAUUUAUACCUCAUUUUAGCUGCUGUACCUGAGUUUAUUUCUCCUCUGGUAAGAAAGUGACUGUACUUAACACCAAGCAAAUAGCAAAAAUUAAAUCUGUUUCACUUCACUGUCACAAUA